UGCUCCUGGGAUCAGCUAUUUAAAGUACAGUCGCUUCACUCUGAGAAAACAUUUCCACUUUGCGUCGCGGGACCAGAGGCGACGGAACCGACACACGUUAGAACCUGAGAAUAAAGACCUGACGGAGCUACACGUUUACGCGUCAGAAAGCGACGCGCGUUGACCGCCCGUUUGGACACAGACGCGCAGACGCGCGGACGGAAGAUUCAGACGCUUCACGUCUCUGAUCAUAUUCCACUCAUCUCAACCGCGACACAUCUUGCAGGCUGCCCCAGCGGUCUCUUGGAUCAUCGGCCAUGGGCGUCAAAGUGCUCCAGUGCUUCCCGUUCUACCUCCGCUGUAAAGAGCGCUGCAAGGGCCGCAAGUGCCCCCCAGAGGCAGCACCCGAUGAGGACAUGAAGCCCCGCCUCUGCUCCACCACGUCCUGUGGCAGCCAGGGCUCCGCCCCCGGCUCCGCCCACGGCCCCCAGGUGUACUUCUCCACCAAGGCCCGCCUCUCCUUCCGCCACCAGCUGGACAGCAACGUCAACGCCGUCGACGCCACCUACUGACCGGCGCCGGGAACUGCAGCUUCAGGAUUCCUUUUGAUUCUGGGAGGCGACCGCGGUGGAGACGGACAGAAACAUCGUCCAAUCACACGGGCUGACGGUGUCGUGUGUGUGUGGGGGCUUUAACUCUGUUUGGGGGGAUGCCCGCCCCCCAAAGUAUGAACUCUAUCAUGGAUAGAAGCGUCUUGACUCUGCUCUCUGGCCAUUGGACCUCGCACUGCGCUGGAUUCUCGAGCGAUUUAACACCAGAGAGUACUGAAGAGAGAGAGAGAGCGAGAGCGAGAGCGAGAGAGAGAGAGAGAGAGAGAGAAGGCCUUCUCUGGCUCAUUUGAUGCUGAGGGGAGGCGGAGGGGUCUACCCUUCAGACGGGGCCGGAGGGCCGAUGCGUUGCGGCGCCCAGACGGAGCUGAUCUUUGUUUACAGAGUUCCCGCCCACCAAGUGCUUUACUUCUUACUUCUUCAGAUUAUUUUACAUUCAAGUGCUUGAUUAUUUUGCCCCCUCUUUUCUUUGUUGUUAUGCAAAACAGACUUGAUUAUGGAUAAAGAAAGUGUUCACCAGGUGACCAGAGCAGCAACACCGUGUAACAAAAUGAGCUCGUACUGUUAACACCAUGAACCCCCCCCCCCCCCCCCCCGAUAAAGCAGAGUAACGAGGCCUCUGCUCGUUACACUAACGAGGCCUCUGCUCGUUACACUAACGAGGCCUCUGCUUGGUGCAGGGCAGCAGCACUAGCCCUCAUGUUCGCUGGUACCCAACACGAUGAGGCCUGUGUGGGUCUGGUCUGGUCAUCACCAGACCAGACCCCAGGAGGGGGGGGGGCUGAAGACACUCCACGGCCAUGUUACAAAGUUAUAGUUUAAGCUUUCUUUAUCAUUUAAAAAAGAACUGGCUUCGGCACAAUUCUGUAACUAACAACGUACUUUGAUGAGUUUCUUCACUAACUAACAUAAUUCCAUAUAAAGAAACUAUUCUAACAACAUGUGUUAUGUUUCCCCCUCCAUUACAACAUCUAGAAGUCAACGAUGUACAGAAAUACGAUUAAUUAAUGUUCCCCAAAACAAACCAAACCCAAGCAUCUUUCUACUACCAUUUAUUUAAAAAAUAGGAUGUCAUUGUAUAAAAAAACAACAAAAAGAAUCAAGAGACAAAAUGAAAAAAUACAAAAAAAAGAAAAAGGACGCCUGCUUGCGUCAUGGUCCGAUGGUUGCCACGGGCAACCGAGUGCACACUACCUCCGGUUGAUUGACAGGUGCAGGGGCGGGACAUCACAGCAUGUUCUUGGGCUUGGAGAUGACGC